AAAAAAAGAUCAAGAUGAAUGAACACAGUGAGGUGUUAUCUACAGUACCAUCGAUCCAAUUCCAGACGACACCCCUAUUUCCGCGAAACGUAACACUCUCCAAUUUCAUUUUCAACUGAGUUCUUAAUUUCCGAUUUUGGGUCCCGCGAUCUUCGGUUAUCACCGAAAAAUCUCACGCCCUCCUCGCUGUCUAUAUAAAUUCCAAAGCGAAAGAAGAAAAUCGAAAGUCCCAGAUUUUGAUUUGUUUAAUCCAAGGGGUUGAAGUGAAGAUCUGGGAGUAAUGGCUAAAGAGGGUUCCAAUGGAAAUUCCAAUAUCUCUUCAAAACCACCACCAACUCCAUCUCCUCUGAGAAGUGCCAAAUUUUUUCAGGCAAAUAUGAGAAUUUUGGUGACUGGAGGAGCUGGGUUCAUUGGCUCGCACCUUGUCGACAAAUUGAUGGAAAAUGAGAAGAAUGAGGUUAUUGUUGCGGAUAACUACUUCACGGGAUCGAAAGAUAACCUGAAGAAAUGGAUUGGCCAUCCUAGAUUUGAGCUCAUCCGGCAUGAUGUCACUGAGCCAUUGUUGCUUGAAGUUGACCAAAUCUACCAUCUCGCUUGCCCGGCGUCUCCAAUUUUCUACAAGUACAACCCUGUAAAGACCAUAAAGACGAAUGUGAUUGGCACGCUGAACAUGUUGGGACUUGCCAAGCGUGUCGGAGCAAGGAUUUUGCUUACCUCGACAUCUGAGGUGUACGGAGAUCCUCUCAUUCACCCUCAAGAUGAAAGCUACUGGGGAAACGUCAACCCAAUUGGCGUGAGAAGUUGCUAUGAUGAGGGCAAGCGAGUGGCCGAGACUCUGAUGUUUGAUUACCACAGGCAACAUGGGAUCGAGAUCAGGAUUGCAAGGAUUUUUAACACCUAUGGACCCCGGAUGAAUAUAGACGAUGGUCGUGUUGUCAGCAACUUCAUUGCCCAAGCAAUCCGAAAUGAGCCUUUGACAGUUCAAUCACCUGGAACACAGACAAGAAGUUUCUGUUAUGUCUCUGACAUGGUUGAUGGCCUCAUUCGACUUAUGGAGGGCGACAACACGGGACCAAUCAACAUCGGAAACCCAGGUGAAUUCACAAUGCUUGAACUGGCCGAGACCGUAAAGGAGCUCAUCAAUCCUGGUGUGGAGAUUAUCAUGGUGGAAAACACUCCCGAUGAUCCUCGCCAAAGAAAGCCCGUCAUCACGAAAGCGAAGGAGCUGCUCGGAUGGGAGCCGAAGGUCAAGUUGAGGGAUGGACUUCCUCUCAUGGAGGACGAUUUCCGAACCAGACUCGGAGUCCCGAGCAAGAACUGAGCCAUAAUAAACAAGUAGAAAAUGUUGUUGGUUGGCUGGAGUGAAGAGUUUUCAAGAGAUUGCUUGUGAGUUACUUUGAAGAGAUUGUUGAUGAGGCGUUGUUCUUUAUCAUCUCGUUAUCUUUAUUUAGAAUAAGUGACAUUCAGAAUUUUACUAUAUGAUCUUACUCCGAAGAAGAAGAAGAAAAUACAUAAAAUCUCCAUUGUGGUGUUCAACACCUAAUGAAAUCGAUAGUUUGUAUUAAACUGAAAUUGUUUGGUUAGUUUUUAUUUUUUA